AAACAAUAUCACGUGCGCAAAUUAUCGUAUUCGUGUUGCAUCAUGCAACUUGCAUGUUAGAGAUACUUAAAGUAAAAUCUAUAGCAUCACUUUUUUAGAGUUUGAAUUUCCUUUAUGAGAUAGGCAGUGUUUUAUUACACAGAGCCUGGCCAUGAGUUCGUUGAAGUAUAGAAAUGUUUUGAACGAUUUUUCAGAACUUGAUAACCAACUAAAAAUCAACAAGUCAGAAUUGAUUGUCCAAUUAAAUAAAAUUUUGAAAACUACUGGACUCAAAGAAAAAUAUGCUGCAGAUCUAGGAAUUGUAAAUCCUCCUAGACUCAUUGCCAUCCUUAAAAAUGUUUGCGAAGUAUGUUAUUCAGAUAAAUGUCAAAAUGAAGUGGCUAUUGGCAUUAUUCCGUUUCUUGUCUCAAUGUUUACUGAUCAUUGUUUUGAUGAUCAUGUUAAAAACACUCUUAUAAAAUGCAUAAAGUCUUGUCCUGUAAAAUUGCAACCACAGUUAUUUACUGUGUUUUCACACAAGUUUAUAACUAUGAUGAUGUUUAACAGCCAUGAUCUACGUAAAACAGAACACCUAUUUAAAAUAGUAAAUGAAUAUAGUGAACUAUUUCCAAAUUGUAUUUCUACUUUCAUUUUGAAAAUCAUGAUGCAUCUUGAAAUUCAAUUUAGAGUAUCACUUAAGAUAUUGAUUAACGAAAGCUCUCCUACACAUAAGGCAAUAGCUAUCAGAUGUAUUCAUCAAGGUUUUCGUUUAUUUCUGACAACUUAUAAUGAACAUUUAUUUUAUGAAAAUGUGAAUAUUUUGACUGCGCUGCUUGAUUGUUUUUUUGAUUUAUUAAAUAGUGAUAAACUACCUAUGGAAGUACUUUUUAAUUGUUGUCUUUCUAUAGUGUACAUAAAUAAAUUACCUGCUCUUGAAUAUUUGAAGUUUAUAUUGAGGGAUUUUGAAACUCGUUCGUGUUUGGGUAAAUUAGCAUUUAUUGCAGCAAUGUUAAAUUCAUUUUCUAGUGAAGAGUUAAGAUCCAUCGAACCUAAUAGUGGAGAAUCUAUUUGUGGAAUUUUAUUUAAUGCUACAAUUGACUCUUGUGCCGGGGAUUUAAAUGAUUGUAGUAAAAUAUUAUCCUCAAGCCGAGUUCUACUAGUACUAUCUAAACGUUUAUGCGCUAAUAAUGAAAUUUAUUUGAAAAAACAUCAACUUCAAUGUUUGAUUUCCACUGUAUGGAUAUACCUGGAUUAUUUUAUGGAUACUGUAAGACAUAUGGCUAAAGACACAAUGAUGAAUAUAAUUAAAAUAAAAGAUGAAAAUGUAUUACUCGAGAUAUUUGACCGUCUGUCUACUUCUAAUAUACAUUCUAGAGCUUUUAUAAAUGUUUUAAUUAUAUUAUCGAACAAAGUUGAUGUUAAAACGGUAAUGAAAUGUUUGCCAAAUGGUUCUGAAGAUAUUUUAGAUUUAAUGAGUUCCAACAGUUCUGCUUUGACUGUUUUUAUUAAUUUAAUGGUAAACCAUUUUAAAAUUACUGAUUUUAAAAUAUGGUUUGAUUAUUGGUUGCUUCCAUUAUUUAAAAAUACUGAUAAAGUAAAUACAAAACAUUUUGAAAAAAUUAUUACCCAAGCUGUCUCAUUAACUCCAACUGUUUCAAACCAUAUUAAUGACUUAAAUAAUCAAAUAGAAUUAUCAUUGAAAAUAUAUUUAAUUUAUAUUAAGACUGAAAAAUAUGUUUAUUUGACUAAAAAUGAUAAUGGAGAUUGGAUGAAUGAAACUUAUUACGAAACAUUAAAAAAAGCUCUUCAUCAUAAAGAUGAAAAUAUUCAAUUUAUGGCUGUAAAUCUAAUUUUGGACUGUCAAAAAAAAACUCAACCUUUUAUUAAAAUGGAAUUAGAACUAAUGAAAUAUUUUAUUACUUAUAAUAUGAAAAAUGAAAAGCCAUCAAUCAAAGAAACAAACUUGAGCUUGGUUAAAAAAAUACUUAUAAGAAUGAACGAUAGUCAAUUUUCUGUUGCAGUUAAAAAUAAAAAAUCUUUAAAUGCAUCAGUAACAAAAUGCUAUACUAGAUUUCAGCAUUGGUUCUCUAAUUUUUGUUUUCAGAACCUUUUUUCUGAUGCUAAUUUUUCUAGGCGUAAUUUUUCUCUUAGAUCAUUACGUCUUAUUCAAACAUGUCUAUUACCAAAAGGUAUUAUAGGUUUAAAUAAAAAGGAAAAUAUUUCUUUAAUUUUUAAUUGUUUAUGGGACACAUACGAAAAAAAUAAAAUAUUGGCUAAGGAUAUAUUAACCCACAAAUGUCAAGAUUCAAUGAAAUUGGAUGUCAUAGUGAUUGAAGAUAUUUUGAACAAAUCUAUGUUAUUAACACUUAGUAAUAGCCCAUCUGAUUGUAUAACAGCCGGAUAUUUAUUGGAAACAUUGAUUAUUUUAAAUACAAGAAUGCCAUAUGAAGAUUUUACAUUUAAUAUUUUAUUAGAUUUGAAUGAAAGUGUUCUGCAACAACUUAAAAUAGGUAAAGAAAACCUUUCAUUGGCAUCAGCUACAGCACCAAUGUAUGGAUCACUUCAUACUAUACGACACAUAUUGAACACUCUUGAUUGGGAGACUGUUAGUGAAAAGAAAGAUUGGAUGAGUUUUAUGGGUUUUGUAUCCAAGUUUUGUUUAGAGAGUAUCAAACUUGUAACCGAAAUUAUUAUUGAUUCGUCUCCUGAAGGUCGUAUUCUAAAUAAUGAUAGUGCUAUAAGUGAUUAUGAAGUAACUUCACAAAUGAUACUUGUUUGUGGUUGGCGUACAGCAAAGGAAGCGUCACUACUUUUGAGUGAUAUUGUGCGUAUUUCUGAAACACGAGAUACCCUAAAAAAUCCCGAAUUGAUUAUGCACAUUUGUCAGUGCUUGACACUACUACUUUCUGAAACAAAACACAGGGGUGCAUUUGAACAAAUAUUUGCCGCAUACUCAACUGUAUGCUCUGUAAUGUGGAAGUCAUCAAAACAUAAAAUUCCUCAAAAAUUACUUGAAGAUAUAAUAACAGGCAUUGAAACUGGAUCUAAAAAUUUAUUUUGUUCCACAAGAAGAAGUGCUGGAAUGCCAUUUAUGGUACAAGCUUUGAUCUGUACAAAUCCUGAUAAAUGGAAAGUUAUAAACUUUACUAUGGAAAAAUUAUUGGUUAUUUGUGAAAACAAAAGUACAAUAAACAACUCAGAAAAUGUUGUUCAAGUGGUUCAUGCUUUAAAUGUUUUACGAGUAUUAUUUCGAUGUUCUGAAUUGGGAGAUCUGGUGGGUCCUUUUAUUUCUAGAGCAAUUCAUAUUUCUAUUGUAUUAUUUAACUCAUCAUCUUGGCCAGUUCGUAAUUCUUCUACAUUAUUACUGAGUGCAUUAAUAAAUCGUGUAUUCGGUGUUCCCCGAUCUUCAACAGAAUUAUCUUGGAAAAAUCGUAUGACUGGUCAAGUAUUUUUUAAAAGUUAUCCAGAGCUAUAUGAUACAUUUUUAAAUGAAUUCAAAAAGUUUUCGCCAACAGACAUGAGGCCUUCAUUGUAUCCAACAUUAUUAAUACUUUCUAGGUUAUAUCAGACACAGAAUAAACCCAGUGAUAGCAUUUCUCAGUUAGAAUCCUACAUUCCGUAUAUAUUUAAAUGUGCUCAAAGUCCAGUAAUGAAAACUAGAAUGUUGGCUGCAACUUCAAUUGCACCUCAAGUUACACAAUUUAAAUUAGUUGAGCAUCUCAAUAUAACAUUCAAUGAGUUAACUAACAAACAUUUAGAAGAAAAUACAAUACAUGGACUUUUAUUACAAAUUUUUAGUUUGGUUGAAAAUAUUCCCCAACCUAUAUUUAAGCAGAAAGAAUUAGAAAAAUUUACGAUGGAUCUUAUAAUGAAACAUAAUGAAUUUGUAAAACGUUCUUAUGUGACUCAAGAAAUUUUCUUAAGAUGUAUUACACGUCUAUGGACUCAGCUUAAUCCCUUGAUGAAUGAUUCUAUUGAACAUCUUUAUACAUCAACAUUGGAGUCGAUUACAAAGUCAGUUCAAUUCAAUGUCAUUGGUCGAUCAAAAUAUUUGGAAAGUGCUGUAUUAUUUUUAUUUUCUGUCAGUUUAAAGACUCGUACUGAUUUUUCAGUAGUUUCAUAUAAUGUUAUUAAGAAUAACAUGUACUGUGAAACAAUAUUUGAAAUUUUAAGUACUAUUUUAUCCAAAAAUCCUUUUGAAUUAAGUGAUAAAUUAGAACAGUUUAAAAAUGUUAAUUGGGAUCGUAAUAUUUUAAUGAAACAAUUUAUGGCUAACCAAAGUCUUAUUGAAUUAAUUUGCCAACAAUGUACUAUAAUUGACUCAUUCAUUUAUAUGAAAUAUUUGGUCCUAUCAAACUUUACGCCAGCAUUGAAUCUGUAUUUUAAAAUGUAUGAAUCAAUUGAUUCCUUUCUUUUAAAAGUUUUCAACCUUAAAAAGGAUACUGAAAUUGCCCAAGCUCUAUUAUGUGUAAAUAGAUAUUUACGUCAUCAAGAAUCUUUGAAACAGUCUUUAAUAAUGAAUUUGACAUUGGUACUUGAAAACAUAUAUUAUGCCAAAAGAUCUGAUGAAUGCAAGAUUGUUAGUGUAAACAUAAUUGUCGAUAAUUAUUAUUUAAUUAUUAAAGGUCUCUCAUUAGACCCUGAAAUUUUUCUCAGAAUGUGGACUGUAAUAUUAAACUAUUCUGAAGAUAAUAGUGAAGAAGUAAGAACUCAUGUAUGGUGUUUGGUGAAUAAAGAUACAAACUGUGCAAAAUCAUAUGAAUUAUUAUUUGACAAAUUUGCCGAACACUUUGAUCAAUUUCCGUCAGCUGUUCUUGUAGCUUUAAUAUGUUGGUCUUAUUUAGACUUACAGGUGCCUCAAAUUCGUCCAAAAUAUCAAAUAUUUGAAGCUGGGGAUACUUGUGAAUUCAAAGAACACACAAUCCGAUAUAAUCUUAUACUUGACACAAUUAAGCGUCUAACUAAUAAUCACCCUAAAUCAAUUAAUUUGGUGAUAAACAAAUGUUUACAAGAUUGGAUAACUGAAAAAUGGACGUCUAACUUUGAUGUUAAACCUAAAGCUGAAAAUUUAAUGAAUAUUGGAGAGUUUAUGACCUUUGCUAAGAAUUAUUACUCAAAGACUAGUAAACUCAUCCAAGAUAAUGCUUCUUCUAAAACAAUUGGUUUUUUUCAAAAGAAAACCACCCAGAAAUGUUAAGAUUUAAUUUUAAAAUAAUGUAGUUGGUUACAA